UAAUCGUCUUUGUUAUUUGUUGUUUUCGUUUUUGCAUUAAUUUGUUGUUAUUUGUGGGGCGUUGUGGAGUCAUCUCGAUUGUACGUAGUUGAUUGUGAGAUGUUCGAUUAAAAGGUGGUACGACGAGAUAAACUCUUUCGUUUUGCUGAUACAAUAUGGAUCGCAUCGCCGGACAAACUGGUUAUCUGAUUCUGAACGAAGAGGGUGCUGUCGUGUCGUCCGCCGGGGACCUGGAGAACGACGAGAAGACUGCAGAGACUAUUAUGGGCCUGGUGAACAUCACCUCGAUGGUGGAUCAGAAGGCCUUCGGAUCUGACGAGAGCUUCAAGAAGAUCAGUCUCACAUAUGAGAAUCACUGCUACAUUAUUUGCCUCUCGAAUCGGCGCAUUCACGUCGUCAAGAAGAACCUGGACAAGCUCGCUGUCAAUGCUUAGUAGCCAACCAUACAUUUAUACACCCACCCUCUUGAGAGAAUCACAUAUUCCAAAUAUGGAUAUGAUUCUCUAUUUCACGGAGAUGAAGUACAUGCAGAUUUUUAUAUUGCUCGGUGGCAUCUGCUUCUCUCUGUACCAUCUAUUCACAUUAUUGGAGAACCUCUGAGAUAAUCUCCAACACUACUGUUACUACUAUUAUUAUUAUUUAAGUUAUAUAUAUAUGAA